AUGACCGCCCGGGGACGUGGCGUGGAGUGUUCAAGACGGGGGCAGAUCCAACUUGAGCCGGCACGAACUUUUGCGUCACGGGGUCUGGGACGAGGGACGAACGACGGCCAUUUCGGCUUCCAACCCGCUCAGAAUAACGACGAGCUUCUCAGCGAGCCAUUGUCCACGUCUUUUCCCUACGUUCAUUCUAGAUACCCUCAAUACACCAUGGGUGGAGGCGGCAAGAUCCCGUAUCCCAAGGAAGUCUGGUCUCCCGCGGGUGGCUGGUACGCUCAGCCCGCAAACUGGAGGGUCAACACGGCCAUCAUUGGCGCCGCUGUCCUUGGAGUUGUCGCUGUGACCUGGAGCAUCAGUGCCGACCGUGAGCACCGUGACAAGAUGCCGGAACCCGGCAGAUUCUUCCCCAGUCGCUACUGGAGCCGGGAAAUCAGAGAACACGAAAAGCAGCUGGCCGCCCAGAACCGGUCAUAGAGCGGCAACAGGAUGAAGAGGUAGUUGUGGGAAAAUGAGUACCUGUGGUGGUUUUCUAUGGCA